ACUCCAAAUAUUUGCUUCCAAUCUCAUAAAGCCUUUUCACAUCUUAUCCUUUGGUUUAUCGCAUUGGUGACUAUCUCGUAACAACUUCCUGCAUUUCUCUCCAGAGAAUUUGUCAUGGAACUCGGUUUCAGGCACCAACUUGGCCUUGUUUGUGUCAUAUUCCUCUUCCCUGCACUGUGUAACUGCAAGGAACAUUUCACCAAAUCCAGAGCAACCUAUUAUGGUACCCAUGAUGGCUAUGGAGCUCCAAGUGGAGCUUGUGGCUAUGGCGAAUAUGGAAGGACAGUGUAUAAUGGCAGUGUCGCAGAUGUGUCUGGACUAUGGAGAAAUGGAGCUGGCUGUGGUGCAUGUUAUCAGGUAAGGUGCAAAAUACCAAGUUUGUGCGAUGUGAAUGGAGCACACCUGGUGGUAACAGACAAUGGUGCCGGUGACAAUACAGACUUCAUUAUGAGCCCACGCGCCUUCUCAAAAUUGGGACGUAACAACGCUGCAUCUGCAAACCUUAAGAAAUACGGUACAGUGGAUAUUGAAUACAAAAGGGUUCCUUGUACAUACACCAGCAAUGUCUUGUUUCAUAUCAAGGAAGCUAGCACAAACCCUGGUUACUUCGCUGUCGUGAUUCUCAAUGUAAAUGGAAUACACGACAUCACUGCUGUUGAAAUGUGGCAGAAAAGGCAACAACGAUGGGAAGCCUUGCGCAGGUCCUAUGGGGCAGUGUUCGACUAUGCUAACCCACCAAGUGGUGAAAUCCAGUUGAGGUUUCAAUUGGGCUAUAAAUAUUGGGUGCGUUCCAAGAUCCAUAUCCCUGCUAAUUGGAAGCCUGGAGCUACUUAUGACACCAAGGUUAAGCUUCAUUAGAAAGGAAAAAUAAGCACUUUGGGAUCCUUACAAGGCAAUACAAGGGAUUAAGUUUGUUCAUUGUCAAUGUUAUUGAUGUUUUUAUUCUAAAGGGGAUGGGGUUAAUAAUGGGGAUUCAUCUACACUCCAUCUUUGAUUACAUGGAAUAUGAAUAAAAUAAAAUUGCCUUUAUGUUGUUAAUAA